AUGAAUUCAGCUAUGGAAAACAGCCAAAAAAACAGCCAAAAAAACAACCAAAGACCUCUGAUGAUUGGUGGAACAGACCUUAAUGUAGGUGGGUCCGAUGAAAACCGAGUCAGUCAUGAAUUUAGAUCCCAAAAAGACAGAUUUCCUCGUAGCGUUAGUGAGGGUCCCCAGGUCCCCAUUCCUAAAGCUAUUCAAAUUACUGUUCAAGAAGAAACUGGCAAUAAUGAUACUCUAGUCCCCGGGUCAAACUAUGUAGCCCGUGGUGUUAGUGAGGGUCCGCAAGUCCCAAUUCCUAAAGUUGUUCAAUUUCCUGUCGAUGCUCGAGCCCCUGAUGCUCAUAUCCCCCCAGUUCCUGGAAUUAUUGAUCAUUCAAAUGAUAUACCAGACCAAUUCAGAAGGAGAUCCAAUUCAAAAAGUCGUAAACAUCAAAUAUUCAAACUCAAGAAAAAAUUACGUUACUUACCUAAAAGUGAAAGGCAGCUUCGUACUCGAAAUCCUGUUGAUUAUACAGAAGGUCGAUUACCACCAGGUUUGAUCGAAGAAGACCUUUUCAAAAGAUGCAGUACACCUCCUGCUAAAGGUAGAAGGGCAGGAGAUAAAAAAUCCAGCCCCAUAUUAAUUGUUUCUUCCAGUGGUGCUGAACCACACAUUCAAGAUGCCGAUACAAAUAAUCCUUCUAACGAAGAUGAAGAACAGGUUCACCACGAUGACCUUCAAGACGAACUUCCUCAUGACGUCCAAGACGAACCUCAUGGAUCUGAUUAUAUGACGAUAAUUGGUAGUGUUUCGAGCCAUACUCUUUUAGAAUUUGCCAGCCAAAUAACCCAAAGUGAAGGUUCAGAAGCUGAUAACAUCGCUAAUGGUUUGUCACAGACCUGUGAAAUCCCAGCUACUGAAACACAACCCGUAGCAAAUGAAGAACCAGCUGCCAAUGUUGCCUUCAGAGCAAAUUCUGGUGGUGAACUCAAUAUGGUUUCUCAACCACAAAAUUUCUCUUCUGAUACAGUAUAUUUCACCGCAAGUGAAAACUUCGCAAUGUCUGAUCCCCCGGUAUUAGGACAGGGUGCAGAUGGAGUCAAUAAUGAAACUGCAAACGGAGAAGUUGUGGAUUCUGUUGAGAAUCGCGCAAGAGGUUUAAGUGAGAUAAAGGAUUCGCAAUUUCCACCAGUGAACCUUCCUCAACCUUUCAACAUUCCUCAACCUUUCAACAUUCCUCAACCUUUCAACAUUCCUCAACCUUUCAACAUUCCUCAACCUGUGAGUAUUCCUCAACGUGGUUCUGCUACACAGCAUUCUGAACAACGAGAAAUUUUUAAGAGAAAUCUUGUAGCUAUGAAUAAUUGGAUCUUAGCUAUGAAUACUUGGAUGUUGAAUGACGAGUCCGAAGUUGAGGAUUAA